AUGAUUUCAACUGCUAACUGGGUUCUUUCCCGUCUUGUGCCACAAAUCAGUGCUCUGCUCUUCAACUUGCUCUUUGAUCUGGCACGCACUUCGUAUGCCCUGAGAGAUCAGCUUGCGCGUACCAACGGACUGGUGGUAUUUGCACAGGCCCUCUGGCAGUCAUCGCCCUCCCACCUCACUGAGUCGCUUCUUAAUGGCUUGCUGGAGGCUGCGCGGUACCUUACUAGUGAACUGCUUGCUGCUUCUCCCUACUCCUCCGCUGGUGGUGUUCCUGUCCUUCUCGUUCUCUUUCGGCAGCUCUUUAACAAGCUGCUCUUUGCCAAUGGGUUGUGGUUAAGAGCGCCGGUUAAGGUUCAAGAUCGACUGUACGGGUUCCUGGCCGACGAGUUUCGCGUGGAUUUGCUGGGCCAGUCAGGAAAGUCGAUUGUGGCUUCCGCAUUGCAUGCUAUUAAGUACUACUUCUGGAUGGUUCGGCCUGCCCAACCCCUCCUUGACUCUAUUCCAGGUCAGCGAACUUACAUUGCUGAGAGACCACCACUAAAAUACCUGGCACGAAUUCGCUCCAACCUCUUGCUCCUCAUAAAGCCGCUGAUCCUGCAGCAGUAUCAAAUCAGUCCCUACGAUAGUAACUUCGUAUCUAACGGUGAAGAAGUGGACAAUCUUUUGAACUUCCUCUGCACCGUCGGUGAGCCCGAUAACCUGAAGGACGUGCUUUACUUUGCCGUGGUCCUAAUGUCCCAGCAUCCUGCGGUGAUGGUGCCAUGUUUUGACCGCCACGAUGGCAUUCAAUGCGUUUUCCAACUUCUCACCUUGAAUGACGAGGAUUCGCGGCUCUAUGCGCUCAAAUUGUUUGGUUUCUUCCUCAAGUACAGCAAGGCCAAGUAA